UUUUGGCUUGUCAAGCACCUCUCUCCAAGAGGAAGCCCAUCGUGUACCCAAACCUCUGGAACCAUCUCCUUUCAGCAGCAGAGUUGCCGCGCAAUUUGACAUCUUCGCGAAUUCGGUCCCGAGACCUGGACGCACCUUCUUCGGCUCUCGCAUUUCCUGCUCGAAUUCUGUCACGUCUGUCGAGCACGCCGGUGUUUAACUGUCGUAGUGAGUUUUAAUCCUCUACCUUGGCGUUAAAACUUUAGGGUUAGGGUUAAUCUAAACCCCCAGGUUUUAAUCACUAACGGUUCGAGAGUGCAGAGCAAGAAAGGAGAGUGCAGAUUGCGGUCGAUCGGAAGAAAUUGGAGUUGGCGAGAAAGGAAUUCGUGAGUGGGAGAGGGAGGUGUCGGAAUGGCUGUGAUUUCUGAGUACGAGGAAGAGCCGGCGGUGGACGCUUCUCUUCCACCAGCGGCAGCAAGUGCGCCUUUGAAAUAUUCUCAAGUUGCAGCAGCUGCAGCGUCAGCUCUUGCUCCUGAGGCGUCCAGCAGUGGGAAACAUGACGACCUUCUUGGGCAGUUAUUACAGCAACACAAGGGCCAACCGUUUGAGCUUCUGAGAUCAGUCUUUGAUUUUUUGGGUAGGAAGACGGACGCGCUGGGUUCUCAGCUUUUAGAAAGUCGGUUGCAGGAUAUUGUAGCCUCGGUUAAGGAUCAGAUCGCUAAGAAACGGGAACUGGAAGCUGCUUCGGUCGGAUCUAAAGCAGUCCCGCAAGUAGAGAAGAAGGUGGAACCAGUUAAGCAGGAUGCUGUAGUUCAGGAGAAAGCAGCCCCAGUAGUUGUAGCUGAGACCAAUGGAGCCAAGGAUGCGAAGGUUGUGAAAUCUGAGGAUGUGCCAGCUAGCUCAGAUGACAAGGACGAAGCCGAGGAUUCAAGUUCGAAGGGCCUGGCACCAAACUCCGGAAAUGGCGCAGAUCACGAGAAGUAUUCGUGGACACAAACUCUCUCAGAAGUUACAGUGCACAUACCUAUUCCACCAGGAACGAAAUCCAGAGCAGUUUCUUGUGAAAUCAAGAAAAAGCACUUGAAAGUGGGACUGAAAGGCCAACCUCCAAUCUUGGAGGGUGAUCUGUACAAUCCUAUUACGGUCGAUGACAGCUUGUGGAGUAUAGAGGAUGGCAAGACUCUAGCCGUGCUCCUAACCAAGUCUAAUCAAAUGGAGUGGUGGAAGAACGUAGUCAAAGGGGAGCCUGAGAUCGACACUCAAAAGGUGGAGCCAGAGAACAGUAAGCUUGGAGAUUUGGACCCAGAGACUAGGCAGACUGUCGAGAAAAUGAUGUAUGAUCAACGACAAAAGGCUAUGGGAUUGCCAACUAGUGAGGAGAAGCAAAAGCAGGAUAUCCUGAAGAACUUCAUGAAACAGCAUCCUGAAAUGGACUUUUCUAAAGCGAAAAUGUGCUGAAAGGAAGCAAUUCUUUGAUUGCCAUCAAUAUGAAGUGUCUUGAACAGCGCAGCGAGCAUCGAAGAGGUCACGGUAUCAGUCUCUUGUUCCUCAGCUCAGGAUGAGUUCUCUGCUUCCUAGAAGGAAAUGUACAGCUCUGUCCCGUAGACAUCUUCGCAGAGAUUACUUUUAAAGCACCACAGCUAGUCCUCGGAGUCCAUCCUCCCUGGCUACAUGAUAGGCUCCUACAGGAAGUGAAGGAGGAAUGGGUCAGGGUGUCCGUGUCAUAUAAUGACAAUUUUCUAAUUAGCAGGAGAUGUUGAUUUUACGGCGGCUGAAGCUCAUGUAUUAAGUCGGGAGAGUAAGGGACUGUAAUGAUCUGUAAAUCCAAUUUCUAGUAAAUACUCCUUCCCAGUGAUAUCACCGUCGUGGCUCGAUAUGAAGUUCUUCAUCUUCCUAGUUUACCCUAUUUCCGUGAUGAAAAUCGAUGCAUCGGGAGAUUCUCAAGGGAACCCUGAGUUUCAUUUGCAAAUUUGAUCACUAACAGCAAUUUUCGUUUGCACCUCAUCGUGAACCUUCCCACGAUUCAGGUAGUUAAACUACAUUUCAAGGUUUACCUAUUAGCCCCAUCUAAUUGCAAUGCACCUGCGGCUACUUCUUGUGGGGAGCUUUAGUAUUUGUAAAUGUCCAACAUUAUGGGUAUCGUCCCUGUGGACAUUAUCGUC